UCCGGUUAUUUGUUGUUCUCUCGCCGUAGGUCGUCGCACGGGCGGCAGUAUUACCCGAUUUUGUCGCCUGUGGAGUUCUUGGUGCGGAACGCCGAUCCUCGCAGUGUUCCGAGCGCGUUUGAACUUUCCAUUUUUUUUUCGCUAGUUCCGAGUUAGGUAUUCGCGUAUCAACCGCGCUUGUUACGUUUCGGGUUUUUUUCGUUGGUUUUCCUUGGAGACGAACUUCGACGAAGCGAAAUAUGUGGUGGGAUAUUCUCGUGGCGACGCUGUUUUUGUAUCCCGUGACGGGGAGGCGACCGGAGUGCUCUCAAAUCGAGUACGAUAAAUGCGUGCGCAUAGCGGAUCCCCUGGUAAAGGAAGCUCAUCUCGUGUUCCCCGACAACCUGAACGACAUGGACCUCGUGUGCAGGACUUGGAAUCGUUUUGUAAACUGUCUGAGGUCCUAUACGGACGAAUGCUUCACCGCCCAACAGAGGGCACAGUUUAACGAAGCAGUCAAAAGUCCCAUCGACAGUGUCCACGAGAUGUGCAUGCAACCCAGUUACCAAAAAGAGUACUUGAGGUACGCGCCGUGCAUAAAAAGUACCGUCACGGAGAGGAUUCACUGCGGGCCGCAUUACAACAUAUUGGUAGAACAAGUCGACCAGGGCGACGUAAUUUCUAAGUCCACGCUCUGUUGCUCUUAUGACAGGUUCAAGCAAUGCGUCCAACGGGAAACCACGAGGAUGUGCGAUCAGGGCAUCCCGGAUGGUCCGGCUUCGAGGUUCGCGACCCAAACUAUCGACAAGGCGUUGAAGUUUUUGCGAGACCAGUGUUACAACUUUAUCUCGAAUUCUGCAGAUUGCGUGUCGCCUGGGGACACGGUUACUUCCUAUUCGGACAGAUCCGAUCCGAAAUCUGUCAUUUAUCCGGUUUCCAGCGAAGUCUAUCCCUGGAGCACGAUACAGCAUGAGGAAGCUGACGACGUCAGGGAUUUCAUAUCGUCCCGACUUCCUAAAAUCUCCACCUCCAGUUCGUGGUUGCCAUCUUCUAACUUUCCGGUCAGGACUUACGGCGAAAAUACGUUUCCUUCAGUGCCCCAGCAAAGUUUAGGAACGCGAAGCAGACCGGCAUCGUAUGGAAGAUCUAGUAGUUGGUCCUCAUCCUCCGAACCUACCCCUUCCGUCAACACUGUACCCAUGUCUUCGGCCAUACCAUCUACCUCCACCCCGUUUACAAACAAGUGGGGUACCGUCGAAAUUUUGGGAUCGAACGUACGCAGUUCCACGCCCAGUCCGCCUACGACUUCGAGAACUACCCCGUCGACCACCACGGCAAGGCCCAGCUCCAGUACGAUCAAGUUUACGACCCCAUUCUGGUAUCCCACUUCUACGGCCGAGACUUGGUAUCCGUUGCCGGGAUUCCAGCUUAACAAUGAGGUCGACGAACCGAACCAAAUGGGUCUGACCAAACCGAAAAAUUCGGCCAUUUUUUCAAUGGCCAAUAUGUAUUUUAUAACGUUUUGCCUAUGCGCAGGUAGGCUUGUCGAUACAGUUGCGAGUUAGUUUCUCAUAGAAUGCUUCAUAGAACAUUAAAUUUUGGUAUAAAUUACAAAGUCGAAAACAUUUCUUAUUUCGGUAAUACCAAAGCAUUUCAUUUUCAAUAACAAAAAGGCGUGCAUAUAAAUGCAUAAUAUAUGCACUCGCACUAGUCACGUACAAAGGUACGUAUGUAAGUUAUUAUAUAAGUGUACAUUGCAGCUUUUAUCUUUAGUUUGUAGAAUGUAAAUUAUAACCUAUUCGUAAAUAAAAACAAAAA